CGGAUCAUUCCAACGAAAGUUGUCAAGAAGAACAAGAAGCAGCCUAGGCUAGCUAGAGGUUACAAAGAGAAAGAUGUCUGUUUUCCAAUUCCCCUUCGUGCGGGGGAACGGAUACAGUGAUUUCGAAUACACAGAAUUACAGGAUCAUGAGGAAUUAUCAGAGCGCCUUGUGAAAACUCUGUAUUACGGUAAACAGCCUACAACAGACAGACCAUCUCUUCCCCUUACAAACUUGACUGUAGAUUUCCUGAAUACUUCGGUGCCCAAGAAGCUAGGGAAGAUCGACCAUUAUUUUGUGGCUUCCAGUGCAAGGCAUUCUUGCAUGUCGCCAUGUUCGAUGAUGAUGGGAAUGAUUUAUGUAAACCGACUGAAGAAAAAGAACCCUGAUUACAUGCAACAAGUGUCUUCCUCUGACCUCUUCCUCAUUUCUAUGAUGAUGGCAUCCAAGUUUCUUUACGAUGAAGGUGUUGAUGAUGAAGUUUUUAAUGAUGAAUGGGCGGCUUCAGCGGAUAUGGAAACAGAAGACAUUAAUGAACUGGAACGCCAAUUCUUAUCGGCAAUUGACUGGCGGUUGUAUGUAAAUGAAAAGGAAUUCUUUGAAGUGCUUCAAGAAGUGGAAAAAAGGAUUGCACUGACCCAGGGAAUUGAUAGAGGAUGGUUCUCGUACACAGACCUUUGGGCAUUGAGUCAGGAUCCACAACUCCUACAGACACUCAAUGAAUUAUCUUCCCUUGUUCCAAAGGUGCUGGCAGUGUCGAUGGUGGCAUACAUUGCUGGAAUUUUAACCGUGGCCGGUUCUACUCUGCUGGUCACUUCAACCUUGGCUUCAUUGACCCCUGUUCCUCUACCGAUCAAGCAACAUGUCUUACUACCGACCUUGAACGAUGUUGUGUCAAGGGAAGGUGAACAGGUCCCUCAGGAGAGGGCGGCGUCUAUUGAAGGAGACAAACCUAAGAUGCUGGAUGGCUCUCUCACAUCGCUGUGGACUCUUCUAACUCUGCCCUCCAUUCUGUCAUUGUCAAGUCCUGGUUUGUCCAAACAAUCAACUUCUGCCAAAAGGACUUCUAAAUCGAAUGAAAACUCUACUGGCCUGGAUGAUGACUUGGAUGAAGGAUGGAUGGAGGACACUUCUGGACUAAGCCAUACGGGAUCUAAUUUCUUCAGUUUGCUUUCGGAUAUUGUUUCAUUUUCUCUUCCUGAACGUCGAAAAACUGAUGCCAUGACAAACCAAAUGGUAUGUGCCAAAGGACCUUGUUUAUUUAGUGGACAAAAUAUCAACUGCAAGAAUGUAUCUAAAUUACAAAGCAGCUGGAUUAUGAACUUAUGGGAUCAAAGGGACUCUGAACAAAGUGUUGUGGAUAGGAAGCACUCGCAGUGCAAACACUGUGAAGCAAGGAAGACCUUAGGUGCAAGGAAACUGGACCGAUUCUGUGAUAAGGAACAGCUGCUCAUUGACUGGACACUCGAUUUCGAUUGGUACGCAGAUGUCUCCUGUUGUUGUGAUCAUGUGACUGCUGACUUGGACAGGUCACUUAUUUUUAACGGGUUUGCUGACAUCUCUCAAGGCUUUCAUACAAUGUUGACCCCAAUCCCUGUAUUAGGGACAUGAAUCAUAUAUAAUACAGGUAUCAACACUUUGCGCAAGUUACGUCCCUUAUCGGUCAUCAUGUGGUUAAAAAUAUGGUAUUUCCCUACGUUGGCCUUUGUAACUUUCUGAUCUAUAGCUUUGACAUUUGUUAUUUUUCCAUCAAUUGCAUUCAACUACAAUAAUGCCCCAUGAUGGGGCAACCUAUAACCUUGUAUGAAAACUUAAUAAUUGGCUAUAAUUCACAGUAGUAACCUCUUACUUUGGUAGGAAAAAGAUUUUCACCGAUUGACCUUUGGCUGACCCUGCAAAGGGACGUAACUCGCAGCGAAGUGUUGAUCCAUGUAUACAUUGCAGUUGACAAGCACUAAUGUAAAAACAAUCAUCUUCAAUAUUUGCCUCCCAAAAUAAAAAUCAUGGGUAGUUUUACACUCUUGAGAUAUAGAAAUUGAAAUAAAAGUACUGAUGUUGCGAAGUU